AUGGAGGACGUUCGUAGUCUGAGUAUUAUAGGCCAGCGUACUUUCGACGCGGACUCCUUUGGUUAUGAUCGCUUAGGCGAGAUUGCCCAGGUUGCUGAGCGGGCGUUGUCCGUCAAUGCAACAAAUGUUGUACGUCACGAUCUCGAUAGGCAUGUUGAGGUUCAUGACAUUUUGAGUCAAGAACUUGCACCUGUAGACCCGACCCAGCAACAUCCACCACCUGGACCUCCGAGGCAUUCGCGCAGUCUCGGCGUGGGCGUGGGGGCAAGAGACAAUCACAUCAUCUCAGCCACAUCAGUCCUCCCAGCAUGA